AUGGCGUCCUCCUCCUCAGCUGAGGGCAUGUCCAUCACUAAGGGAGGAAGUAUAUUAGUAAAAGUUGAAGAUCUGACUGGAGAAUUGAUUUCUGUCAAGCUUAUAGAUGGGGAUAAAAUUUUUCGUGGAAUUUUACUGCAAGAAACUAUUGGUUAUCAUGUUGUAGGUAUUAUAAUAGCAUAGAAAUGUCCUAUGAAAGUCGUAAGACAUCUUAGAAAUGAUAGUACGAUGAGUUAAUCUACUUUGGAUAGGUUUGUGUACGUCGUUUUGAACCCCAAUUUAUCUUGAGAGUUAGAGAUGCAACUCGACUAAUUAAACUGAACUAAAUAGAACAGGAUUUGUACGUAGGAGUAGUUGGUUGAAAGUCAGUUCACUUUCGUGAUUAAUCCAUCUCUCCAAGAUAAUUUCAAAAGCCUUAUGUUAUUCGAAGACACCAAUGAGUAUAUUUGGUAAGAAUAUAGAAGUUUUAGAGUAGAAAUACGAAAAUAACCAGUUCACAAUCAUUCUACAACAUCGUAAUCAAACGAAGGGUGAAUAAAACUAACAUUGGUGAUUAAUUAAGUGAUACCCGACGUCAUGUUUGUCUAGUCUUUAGUGUUUAUCGAUCAAGUUACAAUGUGGUUACUAUUCUGAGUAAUUCGAUGUCAUAUGCACUAUGCUUUGAUAUUAAGUGGGUACUUGUGCUUCUUACCAAUGACUUACAACUAAUUACCUGAUUCUUUUACAUCACCCUAUUCUCGAUUUGUGUAGGUCUUUUUAAUUCACCACUUCUUGUAAUAGCGUUUAUUUAGUCUAAAUAUGUACCUUUCUAGAGUAGCUGCAAAAUUCAAACAAUUCUGCUGGAUGAAAUCAACGAGGAAAAUAAAGGAUAAGCACUUAAUAGUACUAACAAAGAAAGUAAAGUA